AUGUAUCUUUUCAUUGUUUUUCAGAACAAUGGAUCACUUGCUUGGUGCCAGAAUCAUAAACAGUGUUCAAAGUGCCUGGAGCCCUGCAAAGAAUCUUGGGACUUGAGGAAAAACCACUGCCAAAGUUUCUGUGAGCCUCUUUUCCCCAAGAAGAAUUAUGAAUGCCUAACUAGCUGUGAAUUCCUUAAGUACAUCCUGUCUGUGAAGCAAGGGGACUGCCCAGCACCUGAGAAGGCCAGUGGUUUUGCAGCUGCCUGUGUUGAAAGCUGUGAAGCUGAUAGUGAAUGUUCUGGAGUGAAGAAAUGCUGUUCCAAUGGAUGUGGACAUACGUGCCAAGUUCCAAAAAAUCUGUACAAAGGUGUUCCACUGAAACCGCGGAAAGAGUUAAAAUUCAUAGAACUUCAGUCUGGAGACCUGGAGGUGAAGUGGUCUUCAAAAUUCAAUAUUUCCAUUGAGCCUGUGAUCUAUGUUGUUCAGAGGAGGUGGAAUCAAGGAAUCCAUCCUAGUGAGGAUGAUGCUACUAACUGGCAAACUGUGGCACAGACUACAGAUGAGCGGGUUCAGCUGUCGGACAUCAGGGCAAGCAGGUGGUACCAGUUCCGGGUAGCAGCUGUGAACGUGCAUGGGACAAGAGGCUUCACGGCACCCAGCAAGCACUUCCGCUCCUCGAAAGAUCCAUCUGCUCCACCAGCCCCAUCUAAUAUCAGAAUUGUCAAUAUCAGUGCAAACAAUGAUGGAAGUGUGAAUGUAGUGAUUACUUGGGAUCUUCUGGAAGAGCCUGAUAUCCCAGUGCACCACUACAAAGUCUUCUGGAGCUGGACAUAUAGCAAAUAUGUGAUCCCAGCUAAAAAAAAGAGAAGGAAGAUUACUGAUGGGCCCCAAAAUUAUGUGGUCCUGGAGGGACUCCAACCUAACAGCAACUACAAUGUGGAACUGCAGGCAGUAACACGCUGGGGUCAGAUACGCCUAAAAAGUGCUAAGGUUUCUCUCCAUUUUAGCACGACUCAGGACUCCGGGAAUAAUAAAGAACAGAUGUCUUCUGUUGUGAAACCCCAGAAAGGACUGGUAGAUCCUUUCCCAACCUUUCAAAGAAGAAAACCCACUCGAUUUCUUAAAAUUGGAACUCCCUUCUAUCAGGACAAUCAACUUCAGGUCAAAGUCUACUGGAAGAAGACAGAUACCAGCAUGAAUCAAUACCAAGUCCACUGGUUACUGGAGUCCUGUGCACGCAAUGACACAAAAGGACUUGGGAAAGUAGCUGAGCUGACUAACGAAAACUACAUAAUUUUGAAGGACUUGUCAUUUUCGUGCAAAUACAAAGUAACUGUUUUGCCUGCAAAAUCUAAAGGUCGUUUUAAGGCCGAGAGUGUUUUCUUUGUCACCCCACCUUGCUCUACGUUUAAAGAAAAAAACCACAAGCACAUUAAUUGUCCUGCUGAAGGAGUGCCAGUUCUACCCAAAGUGUUGGCCAAACCCGAGAAUCUAUCUGCGUCUUUCAUUGUUCAGGAAGGUAACAUCACUGGUCAUUUUUCCUGGAAGAUAUCUAAGGCUGUCCUUCAUCAGCCCAUGACAGGGUUUCAAGUCACAUGGGCAGAAGUAACCACAGAAAGCCGACAGAACAGCUUACCCAACAGCAUCAUUUCACAGUCGCAGAUACUGCCAGCAGAUCAUUAUGUACUGACUGUGCCCAAUUUGCGACCAUCAAUGCUGUACCGAUUAGAAGUUCAAGUGCUAACAACUGGUGGUGAAGGUCCAGCUACGAUAAAAUCAUUCCGAACACCUGAUCUUCCUCCAUUUUCACCCCACCGACCUCAUCUGAAGCAACAUCAUCCGCAUCACUACAAGCCACCCCCAGAGAAAUAUUAGACUGUUUCAGGUGAUUACACAAAUAACUGAGAGAAAAACUGAGCUCCCACAUGAAGGUUAGAAAAAUUGCACAUCUGUAGGAGCAAUGAAUCCAGUUUUCCAGUAGAAGUUACCAUCCUGUAGGAUCUAUAUCUACUUCUAUGUAGUUUAGCCAUGAAGAAUUGUAUUUGUACCAACACCAGGAUGAAAUAUACAGCAAGUAUCCUUUCAAUACCACCACUAUACAGUAAGCUGAAGAUUGCAUCCAACUCAACACUUGUGAGAAAAUCAAAAGUGUGUUCUUCAUAAUGUUUUUGUAUUCCUAAGUUUAAAGCAGAUUGAAAGGUAUACAGUGUAUACAGCUUUUUAUCCUAUUGACUUUAAUGUUAAUAUUUGAGAAGUUGUCCUGUGAUGUAUACAUACUUCUGAACACUGGAGGCCAGAACAUCAGUGUAUUAAAUUGAUAUCUUUUACUUAAAGCUCCGCAUUUUCACCAGCUUAAGUCCUAGUAUAUUUCUGUAGCUCUUUGCUGUUAGAGAAGAUCUCUGUGUGCCUGAAAUAAGGACAUAGGUGAAAUUAGUCAAUAUAUAAUAGUUGCAGAAUCACUGUAAAGGAGAAUAAUGAUACAUGUACAUAGUCAACCAUCUGUUCUGAGGCAUGGAGAUCUUUUAUUAAAAUAGUUAAUAGCUGAAACAUAUACAGGGUAGUUGUACCAUUGUAGAGAGACAAGUGGCAAUUAACAGCAAUUGACUUCUGCUAGUUGAUGGAAGAAUGACUUCUAAAAUCCUACUUCUAAUUUUUUUGGUUAUUAUCUUGAAGAGAACCCCCUCAAAACCUAAAUACUUAACAUUAACAUUUAAGAAAUGGAAAUUCUGAGGCACGUUUAUUGUUCAAGUAGCUGUAGAGCUACCUUCUGGCUUCUUUGGCUUUUGACGCACAUACCUCUUUUCCCCAUGGAUCUUUUGAACAGAAGGAUGGAUGUACUGGCUAUUCUGCUUGUAGAAAGAAUUAUGUGACAAUAUUCUGGCAUCUGGAAAUCAUUGGCUUAUAGUUUAUUUGAAUGCAUUUUUCAAAUUUAGGCAGAAGGGUGUCCUUUUUAGCCAUAAGGGGAUGCAGAUUGCCAUAUUGUGCAGUAUAAACUGUCUAGUAUAAUUUGCCACACAGAGAGACAUCCUUUGAAAGUAAACAGAAACUGCUUGGAUUUAUUAUCAAGAAGGUGGAAAAUAUCUGACAAUAAACAUUGUCCAUAAAAGUACUCAUAAUCAACUUCUAAUGUUCAAAAUGCUCCUGCAUUCUUUGGCACAGAUUCCAUUGCUCCCUGAAUCAUCAUAUGAGGCUAACAUACCUCAAGCGCUCAGUAGUGAAAAUUGACAAGGUAGCCACUUUUGUACCUUCUACCAGCAGAUGCCACAAACUCACCUUUACGUCAUACCUGCCUGAGAUAUUCCGUGAGAGGAAUUCAGAUUUUAGUUCAGUUAUUUUUUCCUUCCCACAAUGACAAAUCUGAUUUGAAGAAAAGCAAAUAAAGUGACAAGAAGUACGUGACUGAAACUGAGGAUCAUAGUUAUGAUUAUCAUUGUGGAGCACUCACAAAAUAAUAAAAUAUAGUUUGCCCCAUACUGAAGAUGUUUAUGGCUUUUGCUGCAUGUGGAUUGAUACCACAGAGGUUCAAGAGGACUGAACUAAUUUCUGAUUGCUUGCUCAUUCUAUUUUUUUCUACAUUUCUGUCUUCUCUGUAAAGAACUCUUCCCCCCUCGCCAUUCUCUUUCCACUUCACUUGUUGUCUUUUUUUGAUAUGCACCCAAUGACAAUGAACUUUUCCAGACAAUUUGUAUGGCUAUGUGGUUUGGGCCUUUAAAAUAUUAGGGGCUAUGGAGCUUUUAAUUCCUUCCUCUACUACUGUGUCAUGUCCUCUUUUCCAAAAUAUAUGAACAAAUAAACAGAUGAUCUCUUCUUCACAAAAUCUCUGUAUUAGGAUUAUUUUCAGUUUUGUCAGAAAGGCAGAGUUUCAGAGAUUUUUGUGUGGCUGAGAAAGUUUCAUGUAUGCGUAUACAGCAGAUCUUUACAAAGAAAAAACAUAACUUGAGUCGGACUAGUGUGCAGCACUGCUUCAGUAUUUAGAUUGCACGAGACAUAAGUAAGGAUAAAAGAAAGCUCCGUGUUGUUCACUGAGAGAAAGAUUCAGUGGUAUCAGGACAAGUAAUUACCUCAGGCUUCUUUGAAAACUUCUGUCCAGACUUUUCAAUCAGAAUCUGUUCAAGUUAUGCUGGAGCAAAUCUGUAGUGACUUGAUUAAUGUUAAUGAAAUUAUACUGCAUUCAUAGUGACAUUGCUAAGCAUAGAAUAUGAAUGUCGAUCUUUAUUACAGUGAUGCCAAACCUAGUUGGAGAUAUACUGGAAGUUAGCAUCCCUGUGUGAUCAUAUCAGUCUUGAUUGCUGAGUGGAAGCCAUGUUCUUCUGAAAUGGAUCAAAAUAAUUGCUCUGUUUGCUGACGUUAGUCUCUUUUUGAAACAUUCAAUUUUAAAAAGUAAUAAUAUAUUUUUGAAAGAGAUAGAGGAUUUUUCCUUAUUAAAGUAGAUUCUGGCUAUCAAAAAAAUAAAAAAAAACUGAUAGAGUGAAGUGUUAUACAAAGACCAUUAAGAUGUAAAGUUAAUUUUUCCUUCUUCAGAUAAGCUUAUUAUCUCACCUUUCAACUGUAUUAUCUCACCUUUCAACUUUUCAAAAAAAAAAAAAAAAAAAGGCAAAACCAGGACCAAGCCUAUGCAUGGACAUUCAGCAUUCAGUUCCCAAAUGUGAGUGAUUUUUGAUCAUUCUUUGAAUUUAAUAGUACGUAUUUGAAGCGUUUAGUGCCUAAUUCAUUAAGCCUUGUUUACUGAAUUGUACAGGGUAUUGUCCUGAUUAGCUAGCUUAAAUCACACUGAGCAUUUAAUUCAGCAAUAGAGUUGUAAUUCACCACUUGAUUUAUAGUUAAAGAUUUAUUUUCUCAAACGAUAUUGUGUAAUACAGAUUUAAUACAGAUAUUGGGAUGUUUAUAGAUACUCUGCACCUUUACACUGAUGUAUUAUUUGCUAUGUAUGAUUCUGAUGGAUUUGUCAGGUGACUUCUGGAUGAAAUGCGUUUUGUUUAUUUUUUUUCCCUAAAGGAGAGUUAUAGGAUUAUGCCAUUUUUGCUAACGGCUUUAUGAAAUUGAAUUUUUUGUUUUCUUCUACGGUGAGUAUUGGUUAAGAAGGGAGUGUUUUCUUCCUGUUAUUUCCUUUUUGACAGUUUUUGAGAUGUUUAUAGAGCAGGGGAAAUUCCAAUAAGACAGAACCUGUGCUGUGCUACUAUGUGUAUCAUCUUGAAUAUUCAUCAAGAAUAUGGCAUGUGGACAAUGAACUAAUACACUUAAUAGGUCUGACUUCUGAACUGCUGAGCAUCCUCAGCUUAAAUGGCUUUAGACAGAUUUGAGGACGUGCUGUGGCAACGCUGACAUGAGAUUAAAGUUUGGCAGGGUCACACACAAAAUCAAAGAAAUACUCAUUGCUAAUAGGAUUUUACAAUUGAUAUUAGCAGGAGUGGGUGGAGACCUAAAUGAUGACUAAAUUUAAUCUGCAAUACUUUCAUCUCCAUGUUCCCAUCUGGAAUAGGGAGAGUUUCAGAUAUGUAAGCCCUGAUUCAGGAAGGUAUGGAGAAAAGAAAACUUCCGUAUGCGCAAAAGUCAGUGGGAUGGACAUACACCUUAACAGUUAAGAAUCAGCUGUAGUGAUGCCUUGAAUAAAGCACGGAUGUCAGAAUUUAUUUGAAUGCUGUCUUAAAUCAGGGCCGUACAGAACAAAGUAUGGGACCCAGACUGUUUUAAAUUCUGUGUACAACACUACAGAAAUUUUUAUUUUUGUCUUGUGUAUAUGUAAAUGUAGUUGUGAUAUUGACUUAUUUAUUAAUUCAUUUUCUUAUACUAUGUGCCAAGUAUAUUCCUACCCUUUUGAUCAGUACCUGUGAACAUCAAUUACUAAAAAUAAUGUUAUGCAAACUUGUGCAUUGUAACCAGGAAUAUGAUGCUAAUAAUCUUGCAUGUAGUUUUAAAUAAUUAAAAAACCCUUUAUUUAAAAAAUGUAAAUGAAUACCUGCAGAUGUUGAUGAUUAUAUAUGGGUUUGCAUGCCAAAACUCAUUGUUCAGUUGUGGGCAUGAAAUGUGAUGACUGUCUUACCUCUACUGAGUAUAUUAGUAAGGUACAAUUUACAAAGUAAUUAAAGAGGUCUAUUUGUAAAAUUUUUCCUUUUUACUUAAUUAUAUUGUAGUAGAGGUAACAGAAAUGCUUAUCUGUUAUACAAUCUGACUGUAGAAAUUAUGUUCUUAUAACAGUCAUUUAAAGUCAAUAUUUAUUUAUGUAUGUAAUACAAAAAGAUUGAUCUUGUAUGUGUCUGUCCUGUUAUUUAGAGGAAAAAAAUACUCUUGUACAAACAUUUUGUAAAAAAAAAAAAAUGUAAAUGUAAAGAGUGAAAAUAACGUUACUCAUUAUUUUCAUGUUUAGAAUUUGUACAUACUGUUUAGGUAAUAAACUAUCCUACAUUGAAGUCCUGCUA